GUGUUUAGUACCUGUGAAGCCUAUUUCUCCCCUUAAUUCCUUUACCCUAAUGCAUUUUUCUUGGUAGCACUGUAACACUAUAUUUCCUUGACGUCAGAAUGAUGGUAAUAUGGUAUGUGGUAGGAUGGGAUAUGGUCAUGUGGAAGAAAGGUCUGUGUUGAGUCACGCCAAUUGAAGACGUCUUGACUAAGCUUCCUUCCUCUCUCCCACCAGCUGUGAUCGCCACUGCCGUCGCCGUCAAUAGCCCAGCAAGAUGGCGAUCCUGGAGGUGAACGAGAGCGGGGCGGUGUCCAUCCUGUACGAGGAGGAUAUGAACGUUACCAAUCUGGAAGAGAACGUAUUGAAGAGCAAUGACGUGGGCUACGCUCUCAACAUCACGAUGCCGCUCUGGGAGAUCGUGCUCACCGUUUUCUCCCUGAGCAUCAUCAUCAUCUUCAUCAUCGUCGGUAACGUGCUCGUCAUCCUGUCAGUGUUCACGUACCGGCCGCUCCGCAUCGUACAGAACUUCUUCAUCGUCUCGUUGGCCGUGGCGGACCUGACCGUGGCCGUGUUCGUGCUGCCAUUCAACGUCGCCUACAGCAUCAUCGGCAAAUGGAUCUUCGGGAUUCACCUUUGCGAGAUGUGGCUCACCUGCGACAUUCUCUGCUGCACGGCGUCCAUCCUCAAUCUGUGCGCCAUCGCCCUCGACCGCUACUGGGCCAUCACGGACCCCAUCAACUACGCCCAGAAGCGGACCCUGAAGCGCGUGCUGGUGAUGAUCGGCCUCGUGUGGACUAUCAGCGUCAUCAUCUGUCUUCCGCCGCUCUUCGGAUGGAACGACUGGCCGGAGACCUUCACGCUGGAGACCCCCUGCGUCCUCACCCAGGAGAAGGGCUUCGUCAUCUACUCCUCGCUGGGCUCCUUCUACUGCCCGCUGCUGAUCAUGACGCUGGUCUACGUCAAGAUCUUCACAGCCACGAGGCGCCGCCUCAGGGAGCGCGCCAACGCCUCGCGCCUCAACCAGAUCUCCAACACGUGCCGCGCCAACGUCACACGCGAGGAGGACUCGGUCGUCAGCGAGAACGGCCAGAAUGGCUACAACGACACCUGCAAGAAGAAGUUAGUGCAGAAGAAGCGUCGCAGGAAGAAGAAAGCCGGGAAAAGCACCACAGCCACCACCACAACCACCACCACUGCCGGCGGCACCGCCACCACCACGCUCAACACCGCUGGAUCCUGUACCACACUCAGCCCGCCGGUGAUGGCCGAGAGCUCCGUCACCGAGAAUGAGAUCAGCAACAACCAGAAGGACGAGUCUUCCCCGACAGAGGAGAAGCACGGGGCGGACGUUGUGGUGAAAGUGAACCCGAAGAGCGGCAGCCAGAUACACCAGUUCAUCGAAGAGAAGCAGAAGAUUUCGUUGUCCAAGGAGCGCCGCGCCGCCCGUACCCUUGGCAUUAUCAUGGGCUCCUUCGUGGUGUGCUGGCUGCCCUUCUCCCUCAUGUAUGUCAUCCUCCCCUUCUGCAGCACGUGUCCGCAACCCAACGAUAAAGUGAUCAACUUCAUCGUCUGGCUCGGCUACAUCAACUCCUCGCUCAACCCCGUCAUCUACACCAUCUUCAAUAUGGAUUUCCGCAGGGCGUUCGCCAGAAUCCUCAGGUGCCCCAACGCCACCACACUCUGAGGAUCCUCCACCCCCUCACAGGCUCAUUCCAACGCCCCUUCCCUCACUCCACUCCUUAUCCACCCCCACCCGGGACUUCCAAGUGUAUUUGAGGAGAUGGAAGUUGUGUCCUCACACUCGUGUCCCCGCACACACUUAUCCCAACAACCCGCCUGUCCAGGACUUCCAAGAGUUGAGUUGGUGAAGGAGGAAGUGAACAGACAAACACAGACAGAGCCACGCACGGAAGCAAUGAGUGGGAACAAUAAUAACUAUCAAUACCAACAUCGAGUGGAGUGAAGGAGGCUGCUGUUGCUAUUAUUUGUGCUAAGAAUAGGAGUAUAGGUAAGUGUUUCUUCUGUGAAGAUACAAAAACUCAAGAGUUUACGUGUUCAUGUUGAUGGUGGAAAGUAACGAUUUUUGUCACUUGUUGAUACGAUGUGCAGCACAAGGACAGGGUCCACGCGCGCGCGCGCGCGCGUGUGCGUGUGUGUGUGUGUGUGUGUGUGUGUGUGUGUGUGUGUGUAAUGAAAUAUGUUCAUGUUGAAUGUGUGUAUCUGCGAAUGUCAAGCAUGCAUCCAUGAUAACACACACACACACACACACACACACACACACACACACACACACACACACACACACACACACACACACACACACACACCCACACACACACACAAAUACACACACACACACACACACACACACACACACACACACACACACAGUAAAUACAAGGUAACAAAACCGAACAAUGGGAACAGAAACUUCAAGUAAUUGUCACAACCAUUGUCAAAUCAAGACUAAACACACUGAAAGUGAAAGAGCCAAACAGCCACGGGGUCGGCGGCUCACCCAGGAAACUCCGUCAUCACCACCAUUACCACCGCCAUCGUCACCACCACUGCCACCACCACCGCCGCCGCCGCUGCUGCCAUCCUGCUGCCUCGCCCUCAGACCUCCCUUCCUCUAACUCCUAGCGUCCCAUUGUUGUUGUUGGUCGCCCGAGGCUCAGAGGCAGUCGGUGCGGCAGGUGGUGAAGGUGCCAGCGUGUAGAAUGGACAGACGGCAAGACAGACAGACAGACAGAUGAGGUGUGUCCCUAGUCUAAGUACCACUAGUUGUUGUUGAGCCGUCUCGAACAAGUCAAAUGUCAAACCUAUCGAUCUAUCACCAAACAACUGACCAAUGUGUUUGUACAUACGUGUAUAUAGAAGCUAGGGCAAAUAUGAUUACACUCACACAUAUCUUUAAUAUUUAUGCAUGUUCGUAGAUGAGUAUAUAUAUAAAAGGCAAAACAAUUAUAUAUUUAUAUUGUAUAUUCAUGCGUAUGUAUAUGUAAAUGAAUAUAUGUAUGUUUGUCAUAUGUAUACAUCUAUAUUGAUGAAUAUAUUUGUAUAUAUGUACAGACACACACGCUAACACACUGUUGUUGACCAUGUGAACGUGAGGUGUACAAGGUGUCUGUGGCGCCACGUGUCCGCUACAAAGUGUCCGCCUGUGUUGUCUGUGUAGCCUCUGGAGGGACACAUCCAUACAUAUCCUUACACAUUUUUACAUGCAGCCCUCAUCACGGUGUGACGGUGCUCAGAUGGAGGGGGUGACAGUGUGCACCGACGGUACCUGUUUACAGCUGCUGCUGUUGCUUUCCCGGUGUGUGUGUGUGUGUGUGUGUGUGUGUGUGUGUGUGUGUGUGUGUGUGUGUGUGUAAUAAUAAUAAUAAUAAUAAUAAUAAUAAUAAUAAUAAUAAUAAUAAUAAUAAUAAUAAUAAUAAUAAUAAUAAUAAUAAUAAUAAUAAUAAUAAUAAUUAACGGUUUAAUGAUAAAAUACAUGCAGCCAUUGGCUGAAAAUAGACAUACAAAAAACGUCUAAUAGAUUUAUACACUUAAAAUGAGGAUAACAAACAAAAUGGUCAUUAAAGUAGAAUCGAUGUAAAUAAAAGGAAGAUGAAUGAAAUGAAUUGAUGAAAACGACAAAUGAAAUGAAAUUAGUGCAUAUGAUAGAAGAUGAGUGCAAUGAAGUGAUGAGAACCCAGAAAUGGGGACUAGGUAUUAAGUGUGUGUGUGUGUGUGUGUGUGUGUGUGUGUGUGUGUGUGUGUGUAAACGACAUAUAAUUAUGAUCGUACGCACACGAGCUUUUUUGGUGAAGUGAAAUAUGAAGCAAGGUGUGACGGGAACCUCUCAUCCACCUCCCUCCCAUAUUUUUUCACAUUUCUACAAGUCCCUCACCGGAGAGGAAGAACCAAAAACAUCCACACACAAUAUUAUAAAGGUUAUAACAUGAAGACUCUAUUAAUGUCACGUCGAUCCACCCCUCAGUAACAUGUACACGAGAAAUCGUUGGCAUCGGAGGGUCAAAAGGAAAAGUAGAGUGGGGUAAGGGGGGGAACCGCUCAUUCACGCCCUCAUUGGCAGGCAACAGGAACCAAAAAAAAAAUAGAGAAACUAUGACACUUUUUUUCUAGUUCAUUCCCACUACCACAAAUGG